CCCGGGACUCCAGCCGCAAGUGGUAUCGUCUCCAUGGCGACGAGUCGUCCACAGCUCGCUGCUCCGAAACCCGAGCGAACCUCUAGCUGGGCCGGCCUUCGGCGACUGCCUUUCAGAUGAUCCGCUUGCGAGGGCCCCAAGCGGGUAAGAGGCGCCGCGGCAACUGCGGGUCUCCCUCUCCCGGCCCCCGCGUGCAGCCGGACUCCCCUCUCACCUCGGACCACCCGGGCCCGGCGCCUGGCUCCGCCAACUUUUGUACACCCUCCAGGUUUGGGCUGUGCGGCCCCACGGCUGCCAGGCGGCACGCGAGAAGAUCUGGCCCUACACUUUGUAUUCCAGAAAUCCCUAGGAAUUAUCUAGAUAAGACAGAUGCUGUAAAGGCUCCAAAAUAUAGACAGAAUGGCAAGUUGCUGGUGGUUGCUCCAAAGGAAAAAGUGAUGAUUGAACCAAAUGAAACAAUGUCAGAAGAGACUGGAAGAGAGGGGGAGAGACAGAAAGAGAAGGACACAUCGAUUGAUUGCCUCCCCCAUGCACUCCGACCAGGGCAGGGACCAGGGCAGGCAUGGAGUCUGCAACCGAGGAAGAAAGUCUCUUCAAAAAAUAUUGAAAAUAAGGUCUUUUUAAAGAAUACUGAAAAUAGAGUAUCUUCAAAGAGUAUUGAACAUAAAGAUACAGAAACAAAUCUACAGUCAAAGCUAUGGUCAACUUCCUUCUUAAAAGAAAGCACAGGUGAGGUGGGCAAAAAUGAAGUCAUUGCAAAGCAGGCGGAAAAUAAUGAAAAUUGCCUUCAGGUUAUUGAUGAUAAAUUGUCCGAGUCAACAAAAGAUGAUGGUGAAGAUGACACCAGUGACAAAAGUAAUGAAGACAGUGGCCCAAAAAAGGACACUCGUGCCCCAUUAGAGUUAAUGGCAGAAAGAAAGCUCAAAAUCAUGAGGAAGAUGAGGAAGAUAGUGAAGAAGACAGUAGUGGGGAGAGUGAAGGAGAAAGCAGUGAGGAGCCGAGUGAAGAAAGCUCUGAUGAAUGUGAAGAUGGGUGAUGAAAGGUGCUACUAUGGUUUAAUCUUCAUAUAUUUUCAUUACUAUAUAGCAUGGAAAUAUAAAGAAGAAAACUGCAUCUUAUUCUUCUUUAUUUGGUAUAGAGGUACUUUAAUUUAUCCAUAUUAGUUUGAACUCCUUCCUAAUAUUAAGGUCUUGAUUCAAUGCGAGUUACUCAGAGAGGAAAACAACUUAUAUUUGAAAACACAUCGCACUAUGUGCCAGGUACUGUUCUACACACACUACUUAAUGCAACAAACCCAUGAGGUAAGUACUAUUGUUAUUCCCAUUCAGCAGAUGAGAAAACUGAGGCACAGAGAGGAUGGGUAGCUUGCCCCGGCAUCAUAUACCUAUUGAAUGGUAGAGCCUGGAUUUGUACAUGGACAUUAUAGCUCCAGAAUCAUACUCUUAGUCUCUCCAUGACCACCUCUUUAGGUAUUUUUAUAUCAUUUUUCUUAUGUUCUUUAUAACAUAUAUCAGUACCUGACAUUCUUAUUUAAUCACUUGCCCUUUUUAUCUUCUCCCUUCCAGUCAGGAACUGUAACCUCCUGAAGUACGACUUUGUCUUUUUCACCAUUGUAUUCCUAGCAACUGCACAAGUACCUGGAAAAUAAUAGGAUGUAUACACAAAGUGGAUGAAUCUAGUGAAAAUUAAUGAAAUGUUUAUAUUCUUUUAUGAAACAUUUACACAACUAUAUUACACCUUUGAUGUAUUAAUCUAAAUUAUUUUGCUGAUUCUGUAUUCCUCGAUAAAUUUCUGCCAUCUUCAAAAUAGGUUGUAAGGUAACUAAGGUAAAAAUAAGAAAUAUAUUCCUAAGUAAUUUGU